GGAUGAUCGGUGAUUGAUCGAUUGAUGAUUGAAUUGGCCCCGGCCUACAAACUCUCUCCUGUCAGAAAAGUCUCACUGUCUCGGAGCCGCGACGGCGCAGUCAUCGCGCAGUGUUCCAAAACCCGGCGCAGUCAGGAGUGAGGUCAUGGAGACUUUAUAAACAGCUUUUCCUGGUGGCAUGAAGUGAGUCACCCGCGUUUUUUCUACACAGCCCGCGCCUCAUCAUGAGCACAGAAUCAGCCCCUAUUCUAUCCGCUCCGCCGCCUGCGUACACGCCCUCCACACGCGCCCCAUCCUACUCUUACGCGUUGCGAGACAACGAACGCCUCGUGGCCCAGUCCCCGCGACACAAGGCCCGUCCUGCCGGUUCCUUCGUCAAGAAAUCGGCCCGCGACACGGUCGCUCUGAGCGAGCAAGAUCCUGGUGCAGCCGUUCCGACGUACGGACGCGAGGGCACCGUUGCGGGCUUUGUUGAACUGCAAGACAGGGAGCUGGUGACUGCUGUCGUUCUCCAGAUCCAGGGCAAGGUGACGGUCGGCGAUGCUGACGCCACUGCGAUCGAACACGAACACGUCUUUCUUGAGCACUCCGUCGAUCUCUGGACUACGCAGACGGCGAGCACUGGGUCUUCGCCCCCCAGCCAACUCGCAUUCGCAUACACUCUGCCCGCUACAAUCAUGGUCAACGACACCAAGCGACUGCUCCCUCCGUCGUACACCACUCCGCACACCUCCAUCGUCUACACGCUCUCGGUGACCGUCGGCCGUGCCCGAGCGCGCAAGUUCUUCCUCUGCACACCCAAGAACAAUAUCGCGAUUCGCUUCGACUACCGGCCGCGCACUCGCGCAGGAGCAGCCAUCUGCCCGUCCGCUCCUGGCUCAUUCCUGCAGGACGUCAAGGCGAUGCCGGACGAAUGGCGCCAACACACGCACGACGUCCCAGCGCGGCCCAAGUCCGGCGUGGCUCCGCUCAAUCUGCAGGUGUACGUCCCUGCGAUGGGCGUCUUCGCGCUAGACGAGCGGAUUCCGUUCCAUCUGCAGCUUGCGGGGCCGGCCGCGUCACUGCGCGAGUUCUACUGUGCCGACGCGCACAAGGAGCGGUUGCUCGUCGAGGUGACGGUCGUCCGACAGACAUUGGUGACGAUCAAGUCCAUGCCGAUGUUCCAAUCCCGGUCUGUGAUCGGCCGCGCUGAUCUGGUGACUCUGCCUCCUGGUGCUGGUGACAUCGACCGAGUGUCGGAAUGUGCGAGUCUUGACUGGUCUGGCGAUCUGCGGGUGAAGUCUGGAGGGGAUUCGGGCUCGUUCGAUGCUGGCAUUGUGAAGGUGCAGGAUUUCCUGGUCGUUGAUAUCAUCCCCGUCGCUGGACCAAAGGCGCAUUUCGAUCGAAUCCGCCACUCGUAUCCCAUCCGACUUGCCACCGAUUCUUAUGACACGUAGCGUCUCUCUCUGAGUCCAGUGUCUGAACCUCGUUCAAGAGAACAAAAUUUGCAAUGUGGAUUCGUUCAAGUAUCUUUGUUCAAUCCCAGCACUGCUUUGCGCGUCAAGAAUCCAGCUUGGCUGCAAUAUAGCGCUCGCUCGAGACGCAUUCGGACACAGUGCUGCCGCUGGCAGGUGUCCGUUAUUUGUGGCCAGGUGCAGCCUUGUGUAUACUUAUAUCUUGGUAUGCAACUCGAUCUCGAAUGUGCUUACGACAUCCCAUACCACUCCUUACUUCUUAUUUUCCUCCUUACUGUCCUCCCUAUCAACGAGUAUCUCGAAUGCAAUCCAGAUCGUGUCUACGCACUAGGCGCCCAGAUUCUC